AUGGCGGCUGCAGUGGCCUCGGCUUCCAAGGACCAGUGCGAUCCAAACCUAGUCUCAUGCUCGGCAGCCGCACUCAAGGCCAACCCCUGCUGCGUCCCGCACGCCGGCCUGUUGGUGUUUAGGCAACGCUUCGAGCCCGAUAACGGGGAUAACGGGCAGUGGGGCAUUGCUGGCGUGGAUGUGCUAGAGUGUGAUGGAUCACGCCCAAAGGCCACCAAGCAGACCAACGCCAAGCUCACGCACGAGGAGAUCGGGUCGCGCUGUGCCCGCGCGGGGUUCAAUGAAGAUGAGGCGGAGCGCGCAUGGGCUCAGAGUGAAGUCGGCGAGGGAGUGGAGGAGGUGUGGGAACGCUCGUGGAACACAGACGGCCGCUACAUCUCGUCCAUCUGUGAUGGCGAUGUGUCGCGCUUCUUCCGCGCCUUGGGGGAGCUGCACGUCUCGCUCCCGACCACCGACUGGCUCGCCGACGCCGAUAUUACGACCUCAGCUGAUGUCACCUACUAUCUUGCGGACAUUAAGAAGGCUCUUUCGCAACAGGGUCACGAGCCCACUCUGCACUGCGAGGACGCGACACUUGUGGAGGUGCAUUACCCACUGAACGUGGUGGGCAACAUGGGCAAGUUUGUGCCUCACCGCAAAAGUGUGGGCAAGGACACUUGUCCCGUUGAGGGUAUCAUCUACCCACCCUCGGCCAUCCUCCCGUCCCCGACGCCGGCGAGCUGGGAUCCCGUCCGCGACCGCCCGACGAUGCGCCCUAUUACACUCUCGCACGACGAGUCGCGCCAAGUCAAGUAUCCCGAGGACGAAGAAGAGGAUACGGGGGAUAAGAAGAAGGAGAAGAAGAAGCUCGGCUUCUUCAGUGGCAAGGACAAGGGCCGGACAAAGGGUAAAUUUGGGCAUGAUGAGUUUGCCGGCAGGAGGGAUGAGCUCUGA